AUGUUCUCGUCGUUGUGGGUGUCAGAUGGUGGCAUCGCUCGCCAGUGCGUCGAGCUUGUGCUGGCGGCCGCCGUUGGCGUGCUGCUCUACUACCUUCCGCUGCGUCUUCUGAGGUGGCAGGGCAGCGCCCGGGCCUUGACGCUGCUGGAGCCCACCGCCAAGGCAGCUGCCGCCGGCCUGCUUCUCUACUCCUGCCUCGGCAUGGUGCAGCCGCACCUUCCCAGCGUGCUUCCCACCCGCCUGGCCGGGCCCCCGCCCCCGGAUGCGCUUUACUUUCUCGGCGGCGUCGCCGUCGGUGGCGGGCUCGUGCUCCAGGUCAGCCUCCACUUCGGCGACGCCGGCCCGAACGCGGCGACCGCGGCGAUGCUCGCACACUGCGUCGCGGAGGGGGCGGGGCUGGGCCUUCUCGUGGGCAGCCCUGGCUUCCCGGCCAUCUUCCGCAGCCAGGUGCUUCACGGUGUGCCGGACGGCGCGCUGAUGGCGAUGGUGUCCCUGGAGCGCUCCGGGCUACUGCGGGCGGUGUGCUUCGCGCUGCUGGCGCGCCUGGCCCAAGCUGUGGCAUACUACGCGACCGCUGCUUACAUUCCAUCCGUCUCCGCGGGAACGGCACAAUUUGCAGAAGGGGUGGCGCUUGGAUCAAUGGCCGCGAUGACGUGGGAGGAGCUUGCCAAACCUGCCCGGGGCACGCUUGGAGACAAAAGAACAAUUCUCACCGUCUCCGCAGCGGCCGUGGCGAGUUACAUUAUCCUCGAGUGA